UGUGCCGCUUUAAGGCGGUGCCGCCGCUCCGGGCUCGGCCAGGCACCGGGAAGAGGAACUGGGCUUUGCACUGCCGGGUCGGGCCGAGCGCCGCGCCGCGCAGCGCCCCGCGGCUCCCGGCGGCCGCGGCCGCCCGCUUCGCGCUUGCUCGAGCGGCGGGAUGGGGCGCGGAGGGGGGGCCGGGCCCGGGCCGUUGCAUCCCCUUCGCAGCCCCCCCGCGUUCCUCUUGCAGCCCCCUCGCCUCCCCUUUGCAUCCCCCCGCCCCUUCCCCGCGCCGCUGCUCGGGGACGUGCUCGCCGGGGCCGCCCGCUCGCAGGGUGCUUGCUCGAAAUAAAGGACCCCCCUCCCCGCCAUGAGAUCCCCUUGACCCCCUGCCCCCAACCCCCCCCCCCCCCCACCGCACCAUGAUUUUGCUGAGCAGCUUCUUGCACCUGCGGCCUCGGCGCUGCGGCCCCUUGGCAGGGCUGGGCAGGGGCGCCUGCCCCGGCGGCGGGUCCCGCCGGGCGCUGCGGGUCCUGGUGGACAUGGACGGGGUGCUGGCCGACUUCGAGGGAGGCUUCCUCAAGAAGUUCAGGGCCAGGUACCCCGACAAGCCCUACGUUGCCCUGGAGGACCGGCGGGGCUUCUGGGUGUCGGAGCAGUACGGGCGCCUGCGACCUGGGCUGAGUGAGAAAGCCAUCAGCAUCUGGGAAUCAAAGAACUUCUUCAUCGAGCUGGAUCCGCUCCCUGGGGCGGUGGAAGCUGUGAAGCAGAUGGCUAACCUGGCAGACACCGACGUCUUCAUCUGCACCAGUCCCAUCAAGAAGUACCGCUACUGCCCUUACGAGAAGUACGCCUGGGUGGAGAAGCACCUGGGGCCGGAGUUUCUGGAGCAGAUCGUGCUGACGCGAGAUAAAACGGUGGUGUCCGCUGACCUGCUCAUCGACGACAGACCCGACAUAACCGGGGCCGAGCUGAACCCCAGCUGGGAGCACGUGCUCUUCACCGCCUGCCACAACAAGCACCUGCAGCUGAAGCCCCCCAGCCGCCGGCUGCACUCCUGGACGGACGACUGGCAGGCCAUCCUGGACAGCAAGCGGUGGCCGCCGCCACGCCAGGCACCCUGAGCCCCGGCACCCGGCUGCCCGGCUCCCCGUGGCCGACAGACGCCACGCCGGCCGGGGAGAGGAAGAGGAGGCGGCUGAAGCUGCGAGGUCGCCCAGACGCCGGGAGCCCCGCAGGAGCAACGCUGGGGUCCCCGUGCCAUGGGACGUCCUGGGUGCGGGGCAUCUCCCGCAGCCUCGGGGGGACUUUUGUGCCCGGCGUGGGGCAUUUCCAGCCUGGUGCUCCCGAUGGACGAGCUCACCCUCCGCACGUUACUGCCUUGCUCCGGGGCAGCUGCACGGCACAGAGCAGUGCUGGAUCCCUCCUUUCCACGGUGCUGGCUCCCUCCUUUCUGCACUUCAGCGCGAGGCCGGCUCAGCGCUUCCCCCAAACCCCGGGGGCUGCGGAGAGGCCGUUCCCCCAGCAGCUCCCUGCGAGCAGAGGGGACGGGGCGGUGGCCGGGCUUUGGCAGCAGAUAGGCGCUGGAGCCGGCAGACAGUGCCCCUCGCUGCAGGAGCAAGCAGGGAGCUGCAAGGACCAGGAAAAAACAAAUCCCAGCCCUGAAGCCUUCUUUUAGCAUCAGGUCGGGACCUAGGCUAGAAGGGAGGAGCAGACCCGGAGGCGGAGGUGAGCCGGGUGGCACCGGCUGGCAGGAGAGGUGCAGCGGGAGCCCACGCAGGACGGUGCUUCUCACCACGGCGACCUCCCAUCGGGCAUUCGGACCCUCGACGAUGCCAUAGCCUGGCAGAAGCGCGGGAAGGGCUGGGGCCGAGCCGCCUCGUGUAUGCGUGCGGGAGUGAGCCGCGUGAAGGCCGUGCGAAUUCACGUGCAGUUUGCGGGCUGGUGGCUGCAUUGCUCCAACGCGGAGGCUGCUGCUGUCCGAGGGGUGACUGUGACGGUGGUGCAGGCGCUGCGCUGGGUCCCUCGCGAGCUGCCGGGAUGCUGCACCGGGCAGUGCUGCUGCAACGCUGAAGCUGGGCACCCAGAAAGGAGUGUCGGGCGCAAGCAUCCGCUCUGCCUGCUGACGCCUUGCACGCUCCCAGGCUGCAGACGCGAGCAGUGGACCCUGCAGAAGUUUUUUUUUUUCUUUUUUCUUACCCCCCCCCCCCCCCCCGUUUAAACCACUAUGUGCUUCUCCGGGUGGCGGGUCCGGUUCGGGGUGUUUAUUUGGGGUGAGCAACGUGCAGUCGCCCGGGAUGCCGAUCCCUGGCCAAGCGCAGCCUCAGCCUCCAGGACUCCCCCACGGUGAGCCGAGACAUCACACAAGGAGAUGCGGAGGACUGCGCAGGUCCUUCCCCGCCGUGGGGGACGGGGCAGAAAGCACGAUGCCUGGGAGGCCGCGCAGCUUUGCGCCCGGGACACUUGAAGCGGAGCCGGAGUUUCUUGCACUCACGGCUCCGGCAUCACGCACAAAACCCGCGGGCAGCAGCUGCCCCGCUCGCGCUGCGCCCCAACGCGCUCAGGACCCCGUGGGCCGGCCCUUUCCCCGCUCCUCGAGCAUUUCUGCCGCCAGCUAACACGCACAGAGCUUUUUUUUU